UCCGUCCGCAUCCAUACGUACCUAUGGGACCGGUGCCUUUAAGCUAUUGCCAGAUUGCUUUUCACUAUUGUUAGUACAAAAUUUGAAUAGGGCGAAACAGCGGACUGUGGCAAAAUACCGCGCGGUUUUCUGACCCUCGGAUCUUUGCGGAGAGAACCUAAAACCGGAACGUUACUGAUACUGACUGGUCAUAUUGCGGAUUGUUCUUGUUUUCUAGUGAGCACUGAUAAGUUCUGCCACCUAUAGGCCCAAUUUUAAUCAUUUACGCAUGCGCACACUUCAAGAGAACAUGUUAUGCAAAGCUAAGGCCAUGUAGUCUCCAUGGCUAAGGCAGACUGUCAAGGCAGCAUACUAUGUGCUGCUAACCUCUUCGGGAGUACAUACCGAGAUUUCUCGAGCAUAGCUACCUUUCUUCCUAUAAUCCUCCUUUAAUCAUCAUCAUGGAAAGUGAUCUCCAGGUUUCUGUUCCUAAAGUACCUAUAAAUGAAUCAGAAAAGAAAAGGUUAAUGUCAUUGAAAGUGAAGAAAAAAGCAUUUAAAGCUCAAGGAAAAGUUAUAAGUAAUGCUUUAAAAUUAGUUGAUGACACAAAACUAAAUAAAAAGAUUAUAUUUAAUUAUGAUAUGGAUAAUGAGGUCUUGCAAGAAAAUUCAAAACAGAAAAAUACUCUAUUUGAAAGUGAUAAUGAAGAACAAAACGAAUUUGAAUGGAAUGAAGAUGAACUUGAAUCAAAAGCAAACACUAAGAGAAAACUUCUUAAAAUGCAGACCAAUAUUGGCAAUGAUAAACGAUUUAUUCUUGAUGAACGCUUUUUGGAUGAUGAUGAAGAAAUUACUAAAGAAUCCAACAGUAUAAAACCAAAUGAUGAUGCUGUAUUCGAUGAAAAAAAAUGGCAACUUGAUAUUUUAGGACAAGUUUUAGGAAUGCCAGUAACAAUAUCAACUGCAAUAAGUAAUAAUGCUGUACAAAAGAAGAAAAAAAUGAUCAGAUAUGAUCCUACUGUUAAUGAUCAUAAAAAAUAUGAAGUAACAAUUAAACAGCCAAAAGAAGAAAAAUCAAAAAAGAAAAAGAAGAAAAAUAUUCCUCAUAGUGUUCAAAAAGAAGAUCCACUACCAAAUUCUAACGAAAUUUAUUAUGAUGUAUCAGAAAAUUUAGCAGAUAGUUUCAAACCUGAUGAAGGUUUUAGUUUAUUAAAAGUUCUAGGACGCAACGACGUAGUUAUAAGUAAAAAAGAAACUGAACAUGUAAAACAAGUUAAGGAAAACGAAGGUAGAUUUGAAUUUAAUUUCUGUUCAAAAAAUCCUUUCAAAUAUGAUUCUUCAGAUGAUGAAGGUAGGAAUGAAAAAGGCUGUGAUGAUUAUAGUUUCAAAUUGAAUACAAAUAAUACUUCUAAAGAAGAUGAGAGACUUUUCACUCCACUCAGCGAAUCACGAAUUGAAGAAUUGAAUAAAUUCUUUAAUACUCCACUAGUAGUUGAUGAAGAAGCUUUCAAACGUCGACGACGGGAAUUGAAGAAAAUCGUCCGUACGAAAAUUCGUAAUAAUAUCAAAAAAGCUACACCUUGGAAAAAGAAAAAAGUAUGGAAGCAAAAGAAAAAACAGUGAUAGCAAUAAUGCAUAGUAUAAU